AUGUUAGCGUCCAUUUCCCAAAUGGAAACGGCGCGCUCUUUUCCUGCUCCCAACGGGCCCAUGCGACACCCCUCCGCGGAGGAUCUGGACGCUGCGCAGCAGUUGAUCUCGUCUGCGCAGGCGGGUCGCGAACACCUGGCCGAUCACCUCCGAGAGGAUCCGGGAAUGAAGGCAUCGAGCGAUGUCCCGGGACGUGUUCCGGGUGCGAGCCCAGAUCGAUGGGUGGAUGGACGCGCCGGUGGAACCCCGGUCGAUAAGACAUCCCCCAGGUCUCAGAAAGAUACUUCCUUCUUGGGGCACUCUUGCAGCAAUUGCGGGACGAAAAGCACUCCACUCUGGCGUCGGUCCCCGACAGGGGCGAUGAUCUGCAAUGCCUGUGGGCUUUAUCUCAAGGCUCGAAAUGUCGCUCGUCCGACCAAACGAAAUCGUUCGCAACAAGGUCUUGAGGGCCCCGAGAGGUUGAAUUCUCCCUCGGCCUCUCCCCACGAACCAGCCCUCAAGUCACCGGGAGGUUGUUCAAAGGGCUCUUGUCCCGGUGGUGGAAGUUGCAAUGGGACUGGUGGAGCAGAAGGCUGUGAUGGGUGUCCGGCUUACAACAACCGCAUUUACAAGUCUGCGCCUCGGGGAACAACGGCAAUCCAAUCGUCCUGGGGCCGGGCUCCCGCCCAGCCCGCUGAUCAACCCCCCGUGGCACCAGAACCGGAGAUGCCAUCAAAAAAUGCUCCUUCGAACGACGGGAGCAAUACACUAGUCGCGUGUCAGAACUGUGGAACUACGGUCACACCGCUGUGGCGACGGGACGAGCAUGGGCAUCCCAUCUGCAACGCCUGCGGUCUCUACUAUAAGCUCCACGGGUGCUAUCGACCAACUACGAUGAAGAAGUCGAUCAUCAAGCGACGAAAGCGAGUUGUGCCAGCCUUGCGAGAUCAAUCUCCCACUGCCGCUACCCACUCGUCCAACGGCUCAUCUGCAUCGCCUGAGGCUUCUCCCGCUGCCUUGGCCCACGGGCACGAGGAUCACUACCGAUACAUGAGUAACGAGCCGAUGGAACAUUAUCAUAUGAUGCCUGGGAAGGGAGCAGCCGAAGACGCACCACGGCCCAUGACUUUCGCGCCGCCCCCCGUCGACUUCACCGGCUACAAUGCCGGCCCUGCCUUUCCACACCACCAGUUACCAAAGUUGAUGGAGCCUGAACGUCUGGGACCUUCGCCUGUGUCUCAAUAUGGACGGCGUUCUGUGUCUCCGAAUACCCUUGGGUUACCCAAAAAGCGAACACUCGCCGAGACGGCAGCUGUGGCUCUGCCGGUUCCCACCACGCUUGAAACGGGGUCAAAUCAGUUGCCCCCUAUCAUGUCCUCGGCUAACCCGUCGCCUCCGGGCCGUCUGACUUCAAUUUCCUCCCUUCUGAACCAUGCAGACAGUCGCGACGACUCUCGAGUUGAUUCUUCACUUAUGGGUCGACCGCAGCCGUUUCAUCAUUCCGCUUCCCCCGUGGCCCACCCACCACAGUCCCUGCCCAGUCUAGCCUCCCUAGAAGACCAGUCAGCAGAUCGACGUGCUAGACUCCAACGCGAGGCCGAAGCCAUGCGUGAGGCGUUGAGGGCCAAGGAGCGAGAACUGGCGGCUAUGGGACGAUAA